CUAUUUUCUCUCUCAAAAUCCAUCACGCACUUAAUAAAAACACAUUAAUUUUCACACUAGUUUUUUAUUUACCAUUUUCUAUAUAUAAACAUUACUUUUCCUAAUUCUAGUUAUGUUACUAUCUUCUACCUCCUUCUCCACAAUUUCCUCUCCCACAAGAUAUGAAUGAAUCUCAAAUGUUUUUUUGGUUGUGUUCCAAUUAACAACAGCUCAUUUUCAAUAUCCACAUGUCAUUUCAUUCCUUAACCAAACAUCUUUUCUUCCUCUUUUUCUUCUUCAAAACAAAUCAAUUAGUUAUUACAUUCAUUUGACCAUGAACCUCAAACAUUAUUCUUAUUAGCUCUUACAUAGCCUCAAGAGUUUCAAGGAUUGAUGCCAUUUCUAACUUUAAGAAAUUCUCUUAAAGGGUGUCAUUGUGGUGCAAACUCAUAGUGUCAAAGCCUCUCAAGAUGCCUGAUUUUCCUAAGAUGGAUCACAAUAUAUCCGAAGAACGUUUUGACAAACGUAUGAAUACUCGUAGUUGUCCGAAUUCAGGAAACACUUCACCAACUCGUAACAAAAAGUUGAAUCAAGAAAAAAAAGAUGCAUACACAAAUGAAUAUUCUGCAAAUGAAGCUACUAGACCUAUGGACCAAGGUUCUAAAACUGAUGCGAAAUUUGCAAACAAAACAAAACCGCAGAAAGAAAAAAAAGAUGCAUACACAAAUGAAUAUUCUGCAAAUGAAGCUACUAGACCUAUGGACCAAGGUUCUAAGACUGAUGUGAAAUUCGCAAACAAAACGAAACCGCAGAAACUAAGUCCUCCGAACCAAAACAUUUCUGAUGCUUUUUCAAGACAAAGUCCAAAGGGGUCGAGGAUGCCUUCGAACUCUGAGCCUGCAACUUCAUUAGUAACAGGAGUUUCAAAGGGUAUGUCUAAUCAUACAAAGAAUAAUAGUCAAGGUGGCAUGCCCGGAAGUGGAACUAGCUCACGAAGCGACAGUUUGGAGAGCACGAGUUCAAACAUUAGGCCACAUACUGGUGGUGAUGUGAGAUGGGAUGCAGUUAACAUGGUUUUGAAAAGUGGUCCUUUGAAUCUUAGCCAUUUUCGGCUUCUUAAGCGUAUCGGUUACGGUGACAUUGGAAGUGUUUAUCUUGUGGAACUUAAAGGGACUGAUGCUCAUUUUGCUAUGAAAGUAAUGGACAAGGCUGCUCUUAUAAGUAGAAACAAGCUUCUUAGAUCACAAACUGAAAGGGAGAUUCUUGGACUUCUUGAUCACCCUUUUUUGCCUACUUUGUAUUCUUACUUUGAAACUGAUAAGUUUUAUUGUCUCGUUAUGGAGUACUGUAGUGGUGGCGAUCUUCAUUCGCUUCGACAGAAACAGCCUAAUAAGUGUUUCAGCGAAGAAGCUGCAAGGUUCUAUGCUUCAGAAGUUUUGUUAGCUCUCGAGUAUCUGCACAUGCUCGGCAUUGUAUACCGAGACUUAAAGCCGGAGAAUCUAUUAGUCAGAGAUGAAGGUCACAUCAUGCUCUCCGAUUUCGACUUAUCGCUCCGCUGCUCCGUCAGUCCAACACUGGUCAAAUCAUCUUCCACCCACGCAGCAAACGGAAGCGGGAGCGAUUCUGGAGGCAUAUUCAACGACGACCAAGCAGUGCAAGGCGCUGCUCAGACAUCAUCUAGCUUCUUCCCACGAAUCUUGCCCAAGAAAAAUCGUAAGGCAAAAUCCGACUUCGGCCUAUUAGCCAACGGGAACCGCCUUCCCGAGCUAAUGGCCGAACCAACCAACGUUAGAUCAAUGUCAUUCGUAGGAACACACGAGUAUCUCGCGCCGGAAAUCAUCAAAGGCGAAGGACACGGCAGUGCAGUAGACUGGUGGACAUUCGGAAUCUUCUUGUACGAGUUACUGCACGGCGCAACGCCUUUCAAAGGCUCGGGAUACAAAGCGACGCUUUUCAACGUUGUUGGCCAGCCGUUACGGUUUCCGGAUAAUCCUCAAACAAGUCAAGUGGCUAAGGAUCUUAUCAGAGGAUUGUUGAUCAAGGAACCUCAGAAGAGAAUUGCAUAUAAAAGAGGAGCAACAGAGAUAAAACAGCAUCCAUUUUUUGAAGGAGUGAAUUGGGCACUAGUUAGAAGUGCAAUGCCACCACAUAUACCAGAUGUUAUAGACUUUUCAAAGUAUGCUAGAAAGGAAACAGGACCACCACCAGUUGAUAAGAAGUUGCCAGAUGUUACUGGGGAUAAAAAAAGCAAAAAUUCAACUGAUAAUUCUUAUGUAGAUUUUGAGUAUUUUUAGCAGAAGAACAAAAAUUAAACAUGUUUAGAUAAAAAUACAUAUACAUAUAUUAAUACUUGUUUUAAGAAAAUUCAUUGUACAAAGUGUUACCUCCUCUUUUGCAGAACUAAUCAUUGUAAACAGAUACAUGUAUAUUCAUUCAAAAUUUUAUUUUU